CCCAUCCUGCCGGCAGAUGGCGCUUGCCCCGGCGCCCUUGCCGGUGCGUGCGCCUCCAAGGGCGUCAAGGCCGCCUACCUCGACGGACCGAUCGACUGCGGCGGGCAAGGUUGGUUCUGUCGCAUCAUGCCGCAGCCCGGCUGGGGCGACUGCAGCUACGGCGACUGCAAUUUUGCCAACUGCGCCACUCCUGAUGCGGACGAGCUCGACACGGACGGCCACUGCCACGGCUCGGACGAUGACAGCACGUACGGCUGGUGGGUGCGCGAUCACCAUUUUAGAGGCUAUACAGGCACGCUCAACUGCUGCUGCGGGUGGGGCGCGCCAAUGUACGGCGUCGUCAACCGCUGUGACUACCGCAAGCCCGUCAGCGAGGCCGAGGUCUCCACCUCCCGCCGAGAGAGGCGCCUGGGCUCUACCCAUGGUCUGCAGCCGAGAGAGUUCCACCGUAGGUUGCGACUUGCCGCGACGCAAACGAAGAGCACGACGUCGACUUCAACCCCACGUGCGACGCCCACCCUCUCAAGCCCGACCCCGUCACCAACGGCGGCAUGUGCUGGACGGUGCGCAGUUUUGCUGCCAAGUGAGGUCCAAGGACCACAUGAGGUCGACCUGAGGUCGACGCGGGCGACGAGGCGAGGGGGGUGUCCUGGUGAAAGGGCGAGGGAAGGCCAAGGCGUGGCGCGGCGGGCGAACCCGAGCGACAUGCCGACAUGUUCAUUAAGUGUGUACCUACGGUCUUACGCCUGUGUGGCAGUACUGCUCUUCCCCCCGAGGCGACGUGGCUCCUGUCUCUGCGCGUUUGCGCGCGCGCAUGCUCACACCGGCCUAUGUACGUACGUAUGUAGAUUAUGUGGAUGUAUUU